CCACAGUAAUGUCUGUGUACAGAGCUGAGAGAAACUACAAAGCACAAAGGCUUUGGCUUUUAAAUAAGGAAUCAAUAGGUUUUUCACAGGUCUCCAAAUAAAAAGGAAAGCGACAUAUUCCUGGUGAAAUGAGAGUAUAAGCAGCUGCUAAUCUUCUCUUUUCAGUCACUAAAUCACUGCUUCGAGCUAUUUCAUGGCGGUUUUUGAAGUACUUUAUGAAUAACAGAGGGAAAGAGUUGAGAGAGAGAUUGUAUAGAGAGUGUGUGCUUGACAAAAAGCUGGUAAAGAUCCCUUUCUGGGGCCUAUAGUUUUAAAUGGGUUGCAACAACUUCCACGGAUAUAGGAUUUUUUCUUUUUUUUUUUUUUUUGAAGAACUGCAACAUUUCAUUCUGAUGAUAUAGGAGUUACAGUCAAAUAUUGCACAGGUAAGGUAAUGUAUUGCGGUGUAUUUGCUUGUAAGGUCUCUUUCAGAGAUUUUUGCCUGAAGACAUGAAAAAACAACAAUGAAGGCUCAUUCGGCCCUAACUUGGCCGAAACGAGAGGUUCAGUGGAGAUGUGCUGUAUAUUCAAAGAAGGAAGCAAAUUUGAGAUCAAAAGCCAAACUAGACAAAAUUUAAGAAUCAUUUUUUUCGCAGGUUUUCUUAGAUCUUUUAUAGAGUUUGUAAUUUUAGGCCUUGGAAAUCAGCACAGAGUGUUGGAUUCUUUUCUUCUUUUUUUUUCCUUUUUGGAGUUAGAUUUAUACAUAAAUUUUGGGGGCUUUUAUGGAGGAAAUUUUAUUUUAGACAAAUUUCAAAAGAGUUUUGAACAAGUUCUUCUGCAAUUUUGUACAAUCAUAACAAGUCCUUGAGUUAGUUUUGGUUAAUCUCAGGCCAUUACGGAGUUGAUUCGAUUUUCCUUUUUUUCUUUUUAGUUGGUUGGUAUUGAUUUGCUGUUUUCUAUGGUAUUCGAUUCCAUCAUCAUUUUCCUAUAUGAAGUUUGUAUUAUGGAGAAAGUUCUAUACUUCUACUCUGAAUCAGGUGAAAUGAACAUCUAAUAUUUAAGGAAAUGAGAUCUUCCUUGAUUGAUACGGUACAGAUCAAAGAGUUUCACGUGAUUUCAGAGAAAUAUAGUACUUCGUUACUGCAUCAUAAGGUAAGUUAAUGGCGGAUUCUUACCGUCUGAAACAAGUAUCCUCAGCUGCAUCUGUAAAAAUUAGUUUGGAAGCGGUUUUUUUCCUACAAAAACUUAAUUGAAAACUAGUAAAAGUGUUUAUAUCGAAAUAAGGGAAAGGAAGACAUUAAAAACUUAUUUCUGCCAUUUUUAUUGAUAGAUCUGCAUUUUUCAAAAGCUUUCACAGAGUUUUACGGCAGAGGCCACUGCUAAAGUGUUUUAACACCAAUUGGAUGCAUUGGUGCAAGUGAAGUAGCAUCUUUUUCCUAUUGAUUUUUGCUACCAAAAUUACAUAUUUUUCCUAUUGAUUUUUGCUAACAAAAUUUUAAAAGUCGCCUUUCUCACGAUUCAUUCAUAACAAUGACACAUAACUUUGAAGCUUACCUUUUGAUACUUACUUUUUGCAUUUCAGGUAGAAGAAGAUCUCACAAACUUUCGAAGGUUCUUUUGAGAUUCGUGCCUGCAUAUUUAGGGUCCCCAAAAAAAAAAAGGAGGUCAGAUAAAUUAGGGUUUGUAAUCUGCCAAUUAGCUUUAGGAUUAAGCUUGCUAGCACAGGAUUCCUAAGAAGAAAGAAGGGGCCAAUUCUUUGCUCUCUCUUGGGGCAACUCCAUUCUGAACAUUUUCAGUGACCAUGGAGGAUCACGUCAGCAAAAGGCUUUUUCAACAAGAUUGAUCGGCUCUGUUGGUUUCUGACGCUUUUUCUCUCUGUAUACUGGGAGGAGCCAUGGCUGGAGGAUUGCAGAUGCAAGGAAUUUUGAGGUCCUUGGAUUUAUUUUCAACAGCUCAGACAUCAAGUGAUAGAGACCCGGUUCGAGGUCCUGAAUUUUUUGGGAGUAAAGUAUUCAAUAAAACUAUGAAAAAUCAAUUCCUUGGUGCUAAGAUAAACGCACAGGUUGAGAAUGUGAAGAAGCAACUACCCAAAAUUGCAGUCACAAGCUGUAUUCUUGCGGAUGUGGAGAAAGAAUUGAUGGCUAUCCAGGAGCCAACUGCCAGUCCACAAGCAAACCCUAAUAGUGUUGCUUCUAUAAUACUGGGUGGUGGAGCAGGGACUCGCCUUUUUCCUCUUACUCGUAGAAGGGCCAAGCCAGCUGUACCAAUUGGGGGCUGUUAUAGGCUUAUUGACGUUCCAAUGAGCAAUUGCAUUAACAGCGGUAUAAACAAAAUAUUCAUCUUGACACAGUUCAAUUCUCAAUCUUUAAAUCGGCAUAUCUCCCGUACCUACAACAUUGGGAACGGCGUCAACUUUGGCAAUGGAUUCGUUGAGGUUUUGGCUGCCACACAAACACCUGGGGAGUCGGGGAUGAAGUGGUUCCAAGGAACGGCAGAUGCUGUUAGGCAGUUUAUAUGGCUCUUUGAGGAUGCCAAGAACAGGCAUAUUGAAAACAUUCUUAUACUUUCUGGUGAUCAUCUUUAUAGAAUGGAUUACACACAAGUUUUGCAGAAACACCUUGAAACAGAUGCUGAUAUCUCUGUUUGUUGCAUCCCUGUGGAUGACUGUAGAGCCUCUGAUUAUGGCUUGGUGAAAAUCAACAAGGCAGGAAGAAUUCAAGAAUUUCGUGAAAAGCCUGAGGGUGAAGAGCUGAUAACCAUGCAAGUGGACACCACUCUUCUUGGAUUGUCCCCCAAAGAAGCAAAGAUGUGCCCUUACAUUGCAUCAAUGGGGAUAUACAUGUUUAAAACAGAUGUCCUCUUGAAGCUCCUGAAGUGGAACUACCCGACAGCAAAUGACUUUGGAUCAGAAAUCAUUCCCAUGGCUGCCAAGGAUUAUAAUGUACAGGCAUACUUAUUCAAUGAUUACUGGGAAGAUAUCGGGACCAUUAAAUCUUUCUUUGAGGCAAAUUUAGCCCUCACUGAUCAGCCUCCCAAGUUUCACUUUUAUGACCCUUUGAAGCCCAUCUUCACAUCUCCAAGGUUUCUGCCACCAUCAAAAAUGGAAAAAUGCCAGGUUGUGGAUGCUAUUGUAUCACAUGGAUGCUUUUUGCGGGAAUGCAGCGUCCAACAUGCCAUAGUGGGCAUCCGUUCGAGAUUGGAAUAUGGGGUAGAAUUGAAGGACACCAUGAUGAUGGGUGCUGAUUACUACCAAACUGAAGCUGAAAUAGCAGCUUGCCUGGCCAGGGGUGAAGUUCCUAUAGGGGUUGGCCAGAACACCAAGAUCAGAAAAUGCAUUAUUGACAAAAAUGCCAAGAUUGGGAAGAAUGUUAUAAUUUCCAAUAGAGAUGACGUUCAAGAGGCAGAGAGGCCCACUGAGGGCUUCUAUAUCCGAUCAGGAAUCACUGUGGUUCUAAAGAAUGCGACGAUCGAGGAUGGGACUGUGAUAUAAAAAACAUGCAACCUGAAAGCAGGGACUGGUAGUUUACUUUCUCUGAGGGUGGGGAUGUUUAUGGAGCAAAGAAAAGCAGAGUUUUGAAGAUGCUAUAAUGCCACUCUUAUGAACGAUGGAAAUGUCCAAGUGCACUGAUUAGUUGAUCCCCUUUUGAGAUGAAUUUAUAGGUUUGCAGCUAUAGAAAUAAUGAUUCUUGCAUCAUCAGGUAUUAUAAUUUUUACAGGUAUUAUCUUUCCUGGCUGGGGGCUGAGACAAAUUAUUUUUCCAAGUGGAAAGUGUGAGAGUUUGUAAAAAUGAAUAUAGGGAAGAGUAAUGUACAUAGGUUCAUAACGAAGAUGGGUGUUUUGCAUUGGAAGAUGCUGUACAUGGAUUACAAGUUUCCUCUAUAAAUUGGAGGAUAUAGGGAAGCACGAAAGAACUGAGGCUGCAGACUCAUGCUCAAAGUGGAUCAUAGGAUCUUAUUUUCUAAUAAGAAUAAACUAUUCAGAUUUCGUUCCA